GGAGAAAGAGGGAGGGAGAGAGAGAAGGAACUAGGACAGGAGGGUCACAGAACGACCCUGGAGGAUGGGGUUUCUGGAAUCCAGAUACUUCUGAGAUUGGAGACUGUUUGCUAGUCGGGGAGAGUUGGGCUCCGGCAGCCAGCUGGGCAGCGACAAAGUGAAAUGGACAGCUUGAGACAGAUGUUCCAGUCUGUGUCCGGUCACCCUGAGAUUCCGAAGCUGCUCUCAGGCCAACUACAGUUUCCUAGCUGGAGCCUUUAAGCUCCCAGGACCCGAGGGAGCCAAGGGAGUGCCUAGAAGCAGCUCCUCUGAGAUGCCUUCGCCAAAGCUGUAAGAACUUCCUGUGAGUCCCUGCAUCCCCUUUCUCUGAAACUCCACGGGAGAGGUAGAAGACCCCAGGGGGGAGGGGCGGGGGAGAUCCUCUUGCAGCUCUUUCCCUCUCCCUUCCCCCACCGCACCGGGUGCGCAGGCAGGCAUGGAUAUGUUUACCCUUGGCCAGGGCAACAACACCACAUCAUCCCAGGAGCCUUUCGGGACAGGCGGCAAUGUUACUGGUAUCUCCGACGUGACCUUCAGCUACCAAGUGAUCACCUCUCUGCUGCUUGGCACUCUUAUUUUCUGCGCGGUGCUUGGCAAUGCCUGCGUCGUGGCUGCCAUCGCCCUGGAGCGUUCCCUCCAGAAUGUGGCAAACUAUCUCAUCGGUUCCUUGGCGGUCACCGACCUCAUGGUGUCAGUGCUGGUGUUGCCUAUGGCCGCUCUGUACCAGGUGCUCAACAAGUGGACUCUGGGCCAGGUUACCUGCGACUUGUUUAUCGCUCUGGAUGUGCUGUGCUGCACUUCGUCCAUCCUGCACCUCUGUGCCAUUGCGCUAGACAGGUACUGGGCGAUCACCGACCCCAUAGACUAUGUGAACAAGAGGACGCCCAGGCGCGCCGCUGCGCUGAUCUCGCUCACUUGGCUCAUUGGCUUCCUCAUCUCCAUCCCGCCCAUGCUGGGCUGGCGCACCCCGGAAGACCGCUCGAACCCCAAUGCGUGCACCAUCAGCAAGGACCAUGGCUAUACCAUCUACUCCACUUUUGGAGCAUUUUACAUCCCGCUGCUGCUCAUGCUGGUUCUCUACGGCCGCAUCUUCAGAGCUGCGCGCUUUCGCAUUCGCAAAACUGUCAAGAAGGUGGAGAAGAGGGGAGCUGACAGCCGCCUUGGAAACUCGUCGGCCCCACCCCCCAGGAAGAGCAUAAACAGCCAGCUAGGUAGUGGAGACUGGAGGCGGGGCGUGGAGAGCAAGGCCGCCGGGGCUCCUUGUGUUAACGGCGCGGUGAGGCAGGGUGAGGACGGCGCCGCCCUGGAGGUGAUUGAGGUACACCGAGUGGGCACCUCUAAAGAGCACCUGCCACUACCCAGCGAGUCGGGGCCUGUCCCCUAUGCCCCAGCCUGUGCGGAGAGAAAAAAUGAGCGCAACGCCGAGGCAAAGCGUAAGAUGGCCCUGGCCAGGGAGAGGAAGACAGUGAAAACGCUGGGCAUCAUCAUGGGCACCUUCAUCCUCUGCUGGUUGCCCUUUUUCAUCGUGGCUCUGGUCCUGCCCUUCUGUGAGAGCAGCUGCCACAUGCCCACGCUACUGGGCGCCAUAAUCAACUGGCUGGGUUACUCCAACUCGUUGCUCAACCCAGUCAUUUAUGCUUACUUCAACAAGGAUUUUCAAAACGCAUUUAAGAAGAUCAUCAAGUGCAAGUUCUGCCGCCGAUGAUGAUGAUGACGACGACGACGAGGAUGAUGAUGAUGAUGAUGAUGGAGGAACUGGCGAGUUGGGGGUACAGGACCUGCCCCAUUCACUGUACACCCGGUACCCCUCUGGAAGCGACACCUAAGAUAGCUUGCUUUUCCUCUGAAACAGCUUCUCUGUUCAAGGCUUUCAGAUCUCGCCCCCUCUUUUCCGGUAGCCAGGGGAGGGCGCUUUUAGCAAAGCGACCCCAAAGAAUCCUCCAGAGUCUGUAAGGAAGGGUAUUGGCUCAGUCUUAACCCCAGUGUCAGUUUUGAUAGCAGCAAGUACCUCCCCUCUCUUCCAUCCGCCCAACAGUCUUUGGGAUGGAAGUUUACGCCUCAGUAGUUGAAGGCAGAAAAUCCAAACAGAAAGAUAAACUGCACCCAUACUCUCUGCGACUACUAGGACUGCCAGACCCGCCCACUUCUAGAACUUUGACUUUGAGGUUCAAGACUAUGCUCUCUCGUCCUCCUUCUUGCCCUAGAAAAGUCUACUCUUCUUUUCCUUCUGAUCUCUCUGCUGACUCGGGUUCCCAUGCACUCAUAUCUCGCCUGGAAAAGCUGUAGGAGGUACUUUUCCAGAAGGUACCUAGGAAAGUCUCACUUUCCUGCACAGACUCUCAGACUCUCCUGUGCACAGCCCCCACUUACUGUGUUUUCUUGGAUUCAAAAAGAAGUUGUGAGAAGGUAUCUCUUAGAGUGGACUUGUGAAUACAAGGUUGGGUCAGUGGGGAAAAGCCAGGAAGGCAGGCGGACCUGCUCCUGCUUCGGAAUCAGAACUCGCCAAAGACACUGACAAUUUGGUAAACAGACUUUCGUUUGUAUAGGUUGCAGCCCUUUGCAUAAGUUCUGGCGUGGCCACUUGUCUACUGCGGGAGGCGCCCGCCAGCCGCGGAGUGCACACUGGGGACACGAAGCGGGGGCGGAGCAAUCUCGCGCCUCCUAGUCUUGGGGAGUCUGCUAGCGCACCACCAGGUUGCUGCAUCCAGGUUACCAGGUCUACACCUAGGAAGCAUUGAAGCGUCUCCGCCUGGGAAGCGCUGAAGCAAGGGCAGAAAGUUGAGUUUGCGGACCCUGGGAGGCAUUCAUUUCAGCCGAACUCUUGGAACCAGAUACCCAGAAACCUCGGGGGGGGGGGGCGCUGGUGGUGGUGGUGGUGGUGAGACAAGGAGCAGAGGCCGAAAGGAAAAAGUCUCCCCAGUGCAUCCAAAUCAAGUGGGGGUUUCCUGUAGAACCUAAAGGGCAGUUUUACCUGUAGGAUGCACUCUCUCAAUCCACCCUCUGGCCCUUUUUUGAUGAAGGAAUAGCUUUGUUUAGCAUGUCAUAGCACUGCUUAGAUUGGCUCUAUGGAUAUCUUGGACGCACACAAAGUUAGUGGAACUCUGGGCUGUCCCUGGAAAGGGUUUGACCACCUUGACACUAUCUAGCUUUUGGAUCUCAGAGACAGAAUUGGGACCUCAGAAUCUUGUAAAAGAUUAAUUUGCUCCCUGGUAGUUCUGCUCCAGAGUUCUAAGGGAAACCAUCUUUGUGUCCUUUGCAGUUGUACAAUAGUCUCUUCCUCUUUGUUUUUGCUGCCCACAGAAAGGGAAGUGAUUUUGGUGCUUCAUUUGAAUGUGAAUUUCCAACUGUGUAAGAGGGUAUCAAGAGUUUUUUGUUAGAUCUGAGACUUGAAUUUUCUGGUGAACGAUGGUUUUAUUUUUCAAUAAUUACACAAAGUCGUCUUGUGACCCCUGCCUUCAAUGUUUGCAUCUGCUGUUUUGAGAACUGUGUUGCAUUUUUAAAGAUUACAAAAGUUGCCAGUGAGAUGUUUCCUUGUGUUUAUAAUAAGAAGGUGAAAGGACAGCUGUUAUGUGAAGCCACUGUGUUGUUUGCCAAACUGAACAAAGCCUCCAUUUGGUGUCUUUAAGCUGAGUAUGUGUAUCAUAUCCCAUUUGAACAGGAAAAGUUUAGGAACAUUUAUUUACUUAUUUAUUUUUUAAUUUUAAGCCUGUUGUUUGUGCAUUUGAAAGAAUGGUGAAUGGUGGGGGGGGGGUUCUAUGGAGAAGAUACUGUGGACUUCCCCAAUACAGUUAGUACUUAACCUAUAAAUUCAGUUCUUCCCCCCCUCACAAUAACUAAAUAGAACUAUAUAAGCAAACUUCUGUAUAUUUUACUCUUUUUAAAACAAAUUCUUUAUUUGCAAUAAAUCAAUCCCCAAAUUUUGAAUUUCAUAUUGGAAACAGAGUUACAUUUCCUUGUAUUUAUUUCACAGGAUUGUAUGAUCUGGGGACAUUUGUUACUGCUCUUUUGAGGAGACUUUAAAAAAGACCGGAAAAAGACAUUCAACUGGAAUAUAAUUGCCAAGCAAUAGAGAAAUUAGAGAAAAAAGUGCAAAAAUAAAAGAUGCACAGCUCUAAAGAACAUUUGAUUGUUUUAUUUUAA